AUGAUCCCAUCCACCUCCAAGAAACGGCAACGCGUGCCAUACAACCGCCAUUCCACCGUCUCCACAACCGCUAACCUCCGCUCAACCGCCUCCAGAUCCACUAGCCUCUCCUCCACCGCCGCCUUAAUCGAUUCAUUUCCUGACAAAACCAUCUCCGAAACCUCCAAAAAACUCCGCCGAACCUCCUCCCACACGCUCCUCUCCACCACCCCCUCCUCCACCACCACCCCCUCCUCCACCACCAACACCACCACCCCCACCCCCACCCCGUUCAACGACGUUAACACCGCUGACGUCAUCCUCCGCCUCUUCCUGGACCCCACUUCCCCCAUCAUUAACUUAUCGGAUUCAGUUUAUUCAAUUGACAAUAAUAACCAAUCCAAUGUCCAGAUCUACCUCCAUUCUCCCAUCCUCCGCCGGUCUGAGUAUUUCUCCGCCCUUUUAUCCGACAGAUGGCAGCACUCCAAGGAAAAUCCCGAUUCUGCUGAAAAUAAAAUCGACCAGUACUUGAUUCCGUUGAAAUUAGGCGUAGCUCCUGGAUCGAUCGAAGUCCAUCUAUGCGUUUUAAAAUUGCUGUAUACAAACGAUUUCAAUAAUGUGAUUAACUCUGCUGCGGCGGCUCUAGAUAUUUUGCCGGUGGCGUUAAAGUUGUUGUUUGAUGAGUGUGCGGAUUAUUGCGUUAAGUAUCUUGAGGCUGUGCCGUGGAGUGAAGAGGAAGAGAAGCGCGUGAUUAAUUUAAUUCCAUAUUUACGCGAGGAGGAAUCUGAAGAGCUAUUAGCUAGGGUUUCUCCGGCGAAAUAUGAUUCGUGUGAGGAAAUGCUUCAUGGUUUGAUAUUGGCUGCGAUUCAUAGUAGUUCGAACAUGGCAUUUGUGAAAGCGUUUGUGGCUAAGUUAUUGAGGGAUUUUUCAUCGAGGGAGUCGGCGAGGAGGGUUUUGGAGAUGGCUUUUGAGACGAGUUUGAAGAUUGUGAAGGAAUCGCUUGAGGAGUAUUCGAGUCCGAAUUUUAGAGGGGAUCAUAAUGAGACGGAAGCGAUACAGAGGUUGAAUUUGCACACAGCGAUGACUAAUGGGAAGCACUUGUUGUGGUUAGUGGAGAGGAUGAUUGAGCUGAGAGUGGCGGAUAGUGCGGUGAAGGAGUGGAGUGAGCAAGAUUCUUUUACGGCUGAUUUGCAGAGGGCUUUUCGGGAUGAUGCGUGGAGGAAUAUUGUUCCGGGCUUUCCUGCUGUUUUGCUUCGUUGCACUUGUAAGCUUGCUAAUGCUGUUGCUUCUGGGACCAUUUUGGCCGCUAGACAGGUGAGGAUGAAGCUUGUAAAGGAUUGGCUUCCUGUUCUGAUUGUAUGCAAAGACUGUGCACUUUCUUCUAUGUUACCAAAUCAUAAAUUACUGUACCUGGAGCUGGAAGAGACAUUUCUAAGAAUUAUUUCCACACUUCCCAUGUCAGAUGCUCAAGUGUUGUUGCAGCAGUGUCUCAGCUUCUCAACUCGAAAUGUUGAAGAUUGCCCCCACUUAGUCACCGCAUUCAACACUUGGUUCCGCCGUGCAACAAAUCAACCACAAGGGUGACAGAUGAACUGUUGCUCCUGCCAUGCUGCGUAUUUACAAAGUAUAUUCAAUUGUCCUGUGAUUUCUACUCCGGGCUAGUCUUGUGGGAAAAGUGUCACUGGCCUCUCCUGUCUAUCAAAGUGAAAGAAUCUGGAGCGAUGGUGAGGAAGAAGACAGAUAAGUGCAAACCGCACCUUCGUUCCCUGAUUUGCAACAUGCAAUUUAGCUUGAUAAAAGUUCAUGAUCGUAGAUGAUGCUAAGCAGUACAGGGAGCAAUAAUGUGAGCCACAAAUGAUUUGACUCCUGUAAAACAGAAAACAAGCAAAACCAGCAAGAUGUGUAUGUCAAGACACGAAGUUCAAUCAUUUACAUGCCACAAAAGAUAAUUCCUGUUCAUCACCAAAA